AUGUGGUCUGGGAUGGCAUCCUGACUUACACGGAGAUUGUUUUUUCCUAGAUAUGUCAUCUUACAAAAGGGACAUCUCUCUCCUCCUUAAAGAACUUAACCCUAACCCAAAAAUGUCCUUCCCCAGUAGCUCUCCUGCGGCAAACACAUUUCUAGUGGACUCUUUAAUUGGUGCUUGCAGGUCGGACAGCUUUUACUCCAGCAGCAGCAACAUGUACAUGCCGUCUGGCUCAGAAAUGGGAACUUACGGAAUGCAAACCUGUGGACUCCUGCCGUCUUUCGUGCAAAAAAGAGGGGAGGUGAACCACCACCAAAAUGUGGGCAUGAAUGUCCACUCGUACAUACCUCAAAUAGACUCAAACUGGACUGAUCCGAGCAGACCCUGCAGAAUAGAGCAGAUGUCAAACUGUACAUUCUCACAGAGCAUAAAGGAAGAGAGUAACUGCUGCAUGUACUCUGAUAAGAGAGUGCAAAAAGUCAGCUCGACAGAUGUCCCAGCUUAUUCUAAUGUUAUUUCCGAGGCUUGUCCUGUCGAUGGUCCAGAGAUCCCGGUUCCAGGGUAUUUCAGACUGAGCCAAACUUAUGCGAAACAGCAGGAGAACUACUGCCAUGCACCUCCGAGUCCAAACCCAACACUGCUGCAGCUCAAACCGCAGCCCUCCUCCAACAACUCGGUGCCUGCAAAUUUCGCAGAGGUGGUGGAAAAGAAAAGUGAAGACGACGUCAAGCAGAAGAACCCCGAGACCUCAAGGACACCGGUCCCUGCAGCAGCAGAAAGCCCGGAUCCCAAGUCCAGCAGCUCCGGACUGGAGAAAAGCUGCUCCAUGGAAUCCGCCUCUGUGUCCAGUCCUGAGCUGCUCCACAAGGAAGGCAAAGACUGCGACAGACCGACGAGCAACUGGUUAACCGCAAAGAGUGGGAGAAAGAAAAGAUGUCCCUACACAAAGCACCAGACCUUGGAGUUGGAGAAGGAGUUUCUCUUCAAUAUGUAUCUGACCCGAGAGCGCCGCCUAGAGAUCAGCAGAGGCGUCAACCUGACCGACAGGCAGGUCAAGAUCUGGUUUCAGAACCGCAGGAUGAAACUGAAGAAGAUGAACAGAGAAAACCGCAUCCGAGAACUCACCUCAAAUCUCACCUUUUCGUGAGCUGUGCAUGUUAUAUAUCUGUGGUUAUAGAGCGUCUUUUUUUUUUCUCUCAUGUUCAGUUUGAUGCUUUGGUGGCAUUAGACGUUUAUCUGCAAUUUCAACGAAACUGUGACUAUAUAUAUAUAUAUAUAUAUAAAUAUAUAUAUAAGCCAAUUUUAGUACUUUGUGUGUGUCGUCGUGUGUUUGUUUUUUAUUUUAUCACAGGGUAACACUUUUUUUGGUCUUAAAUUAUUGGAGAUUUCUUCUAGACAUGGAUGUCCUAUUGUGUCGCCGAGCUGUUUUGGAAAAAAAACUCUUUAUUUUCAGUCAUGAAAGCACAUUUAUUGUCGUGUAUAGUGCAACAUUUGUUUUACAGUAUUUGCUCAGCAAGUGAAAUGUGUUUCUAUGGCUGGAAAAAAAACGAUGUUAAAUCUGUGAAUUUCUUGCAUGUUUGUGCAUGUACCUUGCAAUAAAUUGUCAAAUAAUAUCGUUUUGUGUUGUGCUUAUGCUUUUCAAAGUCUCAAAGGUUUACAAUGAUCUCAGUUAGCGCUUAUUUGCUUUGACGCAGGCAUUAUUAUAGUUUGCGUAAAAUGGUCAUGAACAAGUGGGGAAACAAAGAAAAACACAUUUUCUAAACGAGCCUUUACUGCAAGAAAGGAAAUAGUGUUCCAGAAAUGUUCCUAAUGUGUUUCUAAUUUAACUCAAUUAGAGCAUAAUUGUUUCUAAUUUC